AUGGCGGCUCCGUCGCCGUCUUCCCCACAAAAUCUCCUCUCUUAUCCACCGUUCCGAAUUGAUAAAGCCUCGUUUUUUCUCAGAACUUGUUCAAAUUUCUCUCAAUUGAAACAGAUUCACGCUAAAAUCAUACGGCACAAUCUCGCCAACGAUCAGUUACUCGUUCGUCAGCUCAUCAGCGUCUCUUCUUCCUUCGGAGAGACCCAAUACGCUUCUCUCGUCUUCCGUCAGCUACAGUCUCCUUCUACUUUCACUUGGAACCUUAUGAUAAGAUCUCUCUCCGUCAAUAACAAGCCUCGCGAAGCUCUCCUCCUCUUUAUCCUCAUGCUCUCUCACCAAUCCGAACUUGACAAAUUCACUUUCCCUUUCGUUAUCAAAGCUUGUCUCGCCUCUUCUUCUCUUCGUUUAGCCGCUCAAGUCCACGGCUUGGCCAUCAAGUCCAGUUUUUUCUCGGAUGUUUUCUUCCAGAACACUCUCAUGGAUCUCUACUUCAAAUGUGGAAAGCCAGAUUGUGGCCGCAAGGUGUUUGAUAAAAUGCCUGGCCGAUCCAUUGUUUCAUGGACUACUAUGCUCAAUGGCCUCGUCUCCAGUUCCCAAUUAGACUCUGCAGAGAUCAUAUUCAACAAAAUGCCAUCGAGAAACUUCGUCUCUUGGACUGCAAUGAUCACUGCGUACGUCAAGAACCGAAGACCCGACGAGGCGUUUCAGCUUUUCAGGAGAAUGCAGGAUGAUAACGUCACGCCUAAUGAGUUUACGAUAGUGAGUUUGUUGCAAGCCUCUACGCAGCUAGGAAGCUUGACUAUGGGUAAAUGGAUUCAUGACUACGCUCACAGAAACGGAUUCCCGCUUGAUUGUUUCCUUGGAACUGCUUUGAUCGAUAUGUAUAGCAAAUGUGGAAGCUUGCAGGACGCUAGGAAAGUCUUUGAUGUGAUGCAGAGUAAGAGUUUAGCGACUUGGAAUGCGAUGAUCACUAGCUUGGGAGUACAUGGGUUUGGGGAAGAAGCUUUGUCUCUGUUUGAAGAGAUGGAGGAGGAAGAAGAAGGAGGCGUUGAGCCAGAUGCUAUCACUUUCGUCGGUGUCUUAUCUGCUUGUGUUAACACUGGAAAUGUAAGGGAAGGUUUGAGAUACUUCACACGCAUGAUGCAAGUUUACAGUAUAGAACCUAUUCAAGAACAUGAUGCUUGUAUGGUUCAACUGUUGGAGCAAGCCCAAGAAGUGGUAAAAGUUUCGAACUUGGUUGAUUCUUCUAUGGAUUCUGAUCCAAAUCUCAAUACUUCUUCUGAUAUCGAAACAAUGGAUAGAGUGAAUGACAGGCACGAAACUUGGAGCCAGCAACCAGUUAUGUUCUCCAAGUGGGAUGCAGACUGA